AUGAUACGGCCAAAGAAAGGUCAACCAAAAGCUAGCCUUAGCCCCCAGAAAGCAACCACAGGAAUCACGCCACUGAAGAAACUGCUCGAAAAAAAAGACGAUGCACUGAAGACCGAGAUUGCUACUCGAGCAAAGAACGACUAUAACGGCCAAGAUCCAAAGCCAAUUCAAGUUGAGACGGUUGCAACUCUAGCGCGAGGGAAGAGUGCUUUUCUUCUAGCAGGCACUGGAUUUGGAAAGUCGAGGAUCGCCGAGAUGUAUUUCAAGACCUUGCCACCCAAAUCAAAGCCUGUGGUGCUGGUUCUAAACCCACUUGAUGCAUUGGGUGAUAAUCAAGUUGAAGAGAAGAAGGGAAAAUUUACUGCUAUAAACUUAACAAAGCUCACAUUCAACCCAUUUGUUGCCGAGCAAAUCAAGUCCGCCCAGCGUUCCAAGAAAGACUUGGCCUUGUUGUUGUCGAUGAGGCCCAUAUGA